UAGCAGUUGGAGGGAAAAGGUGGGGCGGAAACACGAUUUAGGGCAUGGCGGUCGUGGCGAUACAUCAGUUCGCGCAGUGCAUCACCUGCCACGCAUGGAGUCCUGAUCGAUCCAUGGUUGCAUUUUGUCCCAAUAACCAUGAGGUGCAUAUCUACAAAUUCUUUGGCGAAAAGUGGGAGAGGAUACAUGUUCUCCAAAAGCAUGAUCAAAUUGUAUCUGGAAUAGAUUGGAGCAUAAAAACUAACAAAAUUGUAACUGUUUCGCAUGAUCGUAACUCAUAUGUAUGGAAUCAAGAAGCAUCAGAGUGGGUGCCCACCCUUGUCAUUCUCAGGCUUAAUCGUGCUGCACUUUGUGUCCAAUGGAGUCCAAAAGAAAACAAGUUUGCUGUCGGAAGUGGUGCUAAAACUGUUUGCAUAUGCUACUAUGAACAAGAGAAUAAUUGGUAAUUGGCUUUCAUAUUUUUCCAUGCAUUAAUGUGUUAAUAAAGAACUAGUAAAUUGGAUGUGCAUCUAAUAUAUUCUUU